AGACGCGAUCACCCUGACAUUCGCCGAACGUCACUUUGACAACUCUUUAAUUAACCUAAAAUUUAUUUUCCAAAAUAUUUUUUAUAUUAAUAAUUAAACAAUUAAUGGUGCAUGUAUACUCCCCACAAUGGAGGAAAAUAAAAAUUCCGGGGACGAAACACCAGAGACGGAAGUGACUAGUAAUGGCGAAAAUGAGGCAAAAGUCGAGUCCAGCGAACAACCACAAGAUGAAGCUCCAACCGAGCAAAAAUCAGAAGCAACAGAGCCUCCACGAGGCGAAACGGGUCAAGAUGCGGCUUCAUAUGACCCGAAAAACGUCCACUACGAGGGGGAUCUAGCUGUGUAUACUGACCCCAAAACUGGUACGCAAUACGAGUGGAACUCUGAGAAAAGUGAGUGGCGUUUGCGUGAAGUUAAGUACAGUUUCGAGGGAGAUACACAUGUCUACACUGACAAAGACGGUGUUAAAUUCUUCUGGGACAAAGAGAAGAAGGCUUGGUUUCCGAAAGUGGACGAUGAGUUUAUGGCAAUAUAUCAAUUGAAUUACGGUUUUAGCGAAAAUAAUUCGGAAAAUUCGGAGGAGAAGAAAGUGGACGAGGAAGAGCCAAAAGUGGAUAAAAGUCAGCCUAAGCCCAAAGGCGAGAAACGCAAAGCGUCCGAACCGACGUGGUUUGAGGUCGAUGAGACGGAAAAUACUAAAGUUUACGUCAGUAAUUUACCAACGGAUAUCGAGGAGCAAGAAUUCGUUGAUUUGAUGCAAAAGUGCGGACUUGUGAUGAAAGACCCCACUAAUGGCAGUUUUAAAGUAAAAUUAUACAAAGAGCCAGGCACUGGUUACCUCAAAGGCGACGCCCUUUGCACCUACAUUAAAAUAGAAUCAGUAGAGUUAGCCCUUAGUUUACUGGACGGUUACGACUACAAGGGCCACAAGUUGAAGGUCGAACGCGCCAAGUUCCAGAUGAAGGGCGCCUACGACCCCAAACUCAAGCCCAAAAUGAAGAAACGCAAAGAGAAACUCAAACUCAAAAAAAUGCAAGAGAAAUUGUUCGAUUGGCGGCCGGAAAAACCCAUAGACGAGCGCGCCAAGCAUGAGAAAGUCGUUAUCGUGAAAAACCUCUUUGAUCCGUCGAUUUUCGACACAGACGUGGGCCUCAUCCUCGAAUUCCAGGAGGACCUGCGAGAGGAAGUUUCCAAAAUCGGGGAAGUCCGCAAAGUUAUGAUUUACGACAGGCAUCCAGAAGGCGUAGCACAGAUCAACAUGUCCUCACCUGAGGAGGCCGACGAGGUCGUGAAAUUACUAAACGGACGGUGGUUUAUGAAAAGACAGUUAACUGCAGAGAUUUGGGACGGAAAAACCAAGUUUAAGAUUGCGGAAACGGACGCACAAAUUAACGAAAGGUUAGAGAAUUGGGACAAGUUUUUGGAGGAAGACACCCCGAAGAACGAAUCAGUUGUAAACGUUGACGAUUUAAAUAAAAAAUAAGUUGGAA